GGAGACGGCGCGGCCGCAGAUCGGUGAGGACAGUACCCUGCGAACUGACCUUUCCCCUCGUGAUCUGUGACUCGGUUUUGGUGCCCAGUUAGCUAACAAUGGCAUCCACACUGAAUCAGAAGGAAAUGGCUGGCAACCAGAAUUCAUGGGAUAGUUUGCUACCAGAUUGCCCUAAGGGCCCGCUUUCCACAUAUCGUAAGAAAACUUCCUUCAGCUGGAAGGAGAUGGCAGUGUUCAUAGAUGGUGAAGAUAUCAUCCAGCUCAAGAACAGAAUCUUCUCUGCUCUGGAAAAUGAUCCUCUCUUUGCACAUCAUCCUGGAGAAGAUUUGUGCCGUGAGAAAUACCAGGAGCUGACAUUCCUGCGCUGUAAAAGACUCUUUGAGUAUGAAUUUCUUACUCAGGCAGAGGCAAUGAAGAACCCAUUAAGGUUUUUUUAUAUGGUGCUCUUUAUAGGAAUGUACGACUGGUCUCUGUCACUCCAGCUUUGCUUACAUUGUGGUGUAUUUGCAGGUCCAAUUAUGAGUGCUUCUAAGAGGUUUGGACACAUUUUGGAACAAGUUUAUAGCAUGGAGAUUUUCGGAUGUUUUGCUCUGACUGAACUCAGCCAUGGAACUAACACCAAAGGCAUACGGACUACAGCCACAUUUGAUCCUAGCACUCAGGAAUUUGUCAUCAAUACACCUGACUUUGAAGCUGCAAAGUUCUGGGUUGGUAAUAUGGGAAAACAUGCCACUCAUGCAGUUUUGUAUGCCCAGCUCUAUACUCCUGAUGGACAGUGCCAAGGAUUACAUUCCUUUAUUGUACAGAUUCGAGAUACAAAAACUCUCCUGCCAAUGCCAGGUGUGAUGGUGGGUGACAUAGGAAAGAAAAUUGGGCAGAAUGGCUUGGAUAAUGGAUUUGCCAUGUUCCACAAUGUCAGAAUACCAAAAGAAAACAUACUGAAUAUAGCUGGAGAUGUCACAGCUGAGGGGAAGUACUCAAGUCCUAUCAAGGAGGUUAAAGAACGUUUCAGUGCAGCUCUGGGAUCCUUGUCCACUGGCAGAAUUAUGAUCACAGGAAUGUCCGUGACCAAUUUGAAGCUUGCCUUGGCAGUAGCCAUUCGCUUCUCAGCAGCUCGUCGUCAGUUUGGACCAACUGAGGAUGAAGAAAUACCUGUCCUUGAGUACCAAACACAGCAAUGGCGUCUUUUACCGUACCUGGCUGCUGCAUAUGCCUUAGACUAUUUCUCAAGGUCCCUGUUUGAAAACUUUGUAGAGUUUUUUGCAGGUGUGUUGACAAAGCAAAGGAGUCAGAGACAGGCUGAUUUGGGACGUGAGAUUCAUGCUUUAUCUGCUGCCAGCAAACCACUGACAUCUUGGACUGCUCAGCAGGCAGCCCAGGAGUGCCGAGAAGCUUGUGGAGGACAUGGCUACCUUGCCAUGAAUCGUCUGGGUGAAAUCCGAAAUGACAAUGAUCCAAACUGCACAUAUGAGGGAGAUAACAACGUCCUGCUCCAGCAAACCAGCAACUACUUAAUGAGCUGGAUGAAUUGCAUAAGAGAUAAAGCUCCUUUUGAAUCCCCUUUGGGAACAAUAAACUUUUUGCAAGACUACCAUCAUAUCCUUGGCUGGAAAUUCACAGCCAUUAGUGUUGAAGAUUGCAUGGAUUCCUCAGUUCCUUUAGCAGCUUAUAAAUGGCUGAUUUGCUACCUGCUGCGAGAAAGUGACCUAAAAAUGAAUAAGGAGAGGCAGGCUGGACGAAGUGAUUUUGAGGCAAAAAACAAUUGUCAGGUGUACUACUGCCGGUCUCUGGCUAUUGCUUUUAUUGAGCAGACAGCCUUACAGCGCUACCACGACUACACCCACGAUCCCAGCGUCCCAGUGGCUCUGCAGCCCGUGCUGAGGAAUCUCAGUGCUCUCUAUGGGCUCUGGUCAUUGAGUAAACACCUGGCUGUGCUCUACCAAGGUGGCUAUGCUUCAGGUGAACAGCCUGGGAAAUUUAUCCAGGAUGCUAUUUUGGAGCUCUGCUACAGGUUGAAAGAUGAUGCAGUUGCCUUGGUUGAUGUCUUUGCUCCUCCUGACUUCAUUCUUAAUUCUCCCAUUGGUAAAGCAAAUGGAGAGUUAUAUAAAAAUAUGUGGGGAGAGAUCCUUCAAGGCAACAAAGCCCUGAACAGAGCUUCAUGGUGGGCAGAAUUUUGCAUUAAUAAACCUGUUAUAGGCAGGCUGAGGUCAAACUUGUAAACCAAACAACUUUUACGAAUCUGGAUGGGCCUGAGAUGGAUACUUGUUACAAACAUCAGAAGGAAACAAGACCAUAUGUCCAACACUGAAAAUGGAAGAGAUUUUCAUUGAGAGGUGCCAAGUUUUAAAAUAACUUUGAAAUCAAGUCCAGCUUGAUCUGAGGGACUGUUAACAUAAUAAUGACAAGAGCAAGAGCAACACGUCUGCACACUAUACAUAUUUACUCAAUUAAAUUUUUAAAAUAUGAAGAUUUAUUAUAAUCGCUGCUUUGCAAAGUUUAUAUUAAAAAAAUUUCCAAUCA